AUGCUCGCGACGCACGGAAAGGAGGCGCUGAUCCAUGUCGGUCGUGACCUUGGCCCCGGCUCUGUCUUGGGACAUGCAUGCAUGCCUCCCCUUGUCUCUUUCCUCCUCGCCCAACGCGCAAAGUAUCUAAUUCGAUACCCAACCCGAAACCAGCGAGAUCGAAAAAAAUCCUGUGGGACUGGACGGAAGGGGCAGCAGGUCGAUGAACGGCAACCGAGGUGGGCGAGCGAAAAAAGCAUCACCAUCGUGGGCCUCGGCGGAUCGUCCAAUGGCAUCGUCGGCGUCGUGUCGAUCUGCGCGAAAGCUGCACCGUUCGUCAUCGGCGAAGCUGGGGGCGCCAUGUGGGUGCGCCGCUUGCGCGCUAUCAGACUCUCCGCGCGGCCCGGGUGCGGACCUGUUAGCGCCCUAACUCGCGGCAGGUAG